CUUUUCGAAUGGAAAGUACCAUAAUUAUUAGCUGUCUUCCUCUCUCUCCUCCUCUCCCAUCAUCACAACUCCUCCUUGGACACAACUCUGGAGCGUCCUGUUUCACCGCUGCGGCGCCCUUCUCUUGUCGCGGCUUCUUAAUUGCUUCUCUUCUCGUCAUUCCUUCAAGUGCCUCUAAUUACCUAUUCAAAUAAACCUCAGCACCCACGACCGCAUCCCGUCGCGCGUGUUAAGACUUGCGCCGCACGAUUUAAACUCAAUUCGCAACGCUGCCCCCUUUCGAAUCAAGACGUCCGUCCAGAAACGACAGCACCGCAAUCAAGCAAUUGCCUGUCAUGUCGGCCCCCGCAACAUUCUACGAGCAGCUCCCGCUGCCGACGGUUGACCGUCCCUUUGGCAUCCACCUAUGGCCCAUCUUCAGCAAGGCUUGGGAGGCUGUUGUCGGAUACCCGGCCGAGGAGUUCCGCUUCGUGCCUUUCGAGACGCCCAUGUCGACCCUCAAGUCGACGAGCAUCUUCAUCGUGGUCUACUAUGCAAUCAUCUUCGGUGGCCGCGAGAUGAUGCGCAACCGCGAACCUUUCCAGCUGAAGACCAUCUUCCUCAUCCACAACUUCUACCUCACCGCCAUCAGUUUCAUCCUGCUGGUCCUGUUCCUUGAACAGCUCAUUCCCACCCUGGUCCGUGACGGCGUCUUCUACGCUAUCUGCAAUGUUGACGGCGGGUGGACACAGCCUCUUGUUGUUCUGUACUAUCUCAACUACCUGACCAAGUACCUGGAACUCCUCGACACCGUCUUCCUCUUCCUCAAGAAGAAGCCCUUGACCUUCCUCCACUGCUACCACCACGGUGCCACCGCUUUCCUCUGCUACACUCAGCUCGUUGGAUCUACCUCGGUCUCCUGGGUGCCCAUUGUGCUGAACCUGACUGUUCACGUUGUCAUGUACUGGUACUACUUCCAGAGUGCUCGUGGCAUCCGCAUCUGGUGGAAGGAGUGGGUCACUCGUCUCCAGAUUAUCCAGUUCAUCAUCGAUCUUGGCUUCGUCUACUUCGCUUCGUACACCUACUUCACCUCGACCUACUGGCCCUGGAUGCCCAAUGCUGGCAAGUGCGCCGGCGAGGAGUUUGCCGCCUUUGCUGGCAUUGGCACUCUCAGCUCCUACCUCGUCCUCUUCAUCUCAUUCUACGCUGCCACCUACAAGAAGAAGGACGGCAAGAAGGGCUCGACCACCCGCAAGUCUCUCCGCCGCUUGUCGCAGGCCCCCCUGCCGGACCCUCUGCACAUGGAGAGCGCCAUCUCCAACAAGGAGGGCAGCAGCUCCGCCACGACCACCGGCGCCAAGACCAAUGGUGUCACCACCCGCUCUCGCAAGGCGUAGACGGUGGGAAGAUGAAUCAAAAGGGCAGCGAC